CUCCCCCGCAGGCUCCCUCCAGCGUCUUCCUGCACAGGGGCGCCGGCAUCCUGUCCGGCCUGUCGACGCUGAUCUGGGAGAGACCUGGGUCUGGACACCAGCAGCGCUGAACAGCUUGGACAUCGACCAGCUUAAGCAGAUGUACGAGAUGGAGGAGGUCGGCAGCCACGAGCCGCUGCACGGUGGCCCCCGGUGCCUCGACAUCCCGCGGGACGGCGUGGACAUCUGCGUCCAGCUCAGCGACGAGAACUGCGAGGCCUCGGAGGACGUGUACCGCCGCUGCUGCGUCUGCGGCGGCGGGCUCAAGAUCCAGGGCACAUCGCACCGCCGCUGGGGCCUUCCCGGGCCUGAGGUCCUCGCGAUGAGGACGCGGCCCCGCGCGGGGAAAGCGCCGGGAGAUGGCACAGUGCCGGCCGUGCCGUGGCGCGCGCGGCGGGCGGUGGCAGGCGGCCCCGCGCUGCCCCUGGUGGGCGCGGGCUGCGCGGCGGCCUCCCUCGCCGGCCUGGCGCUGGCGGCGCGGCACGCGCGGCGGCGCACCUCCCGGGCGGUGGCGCCGGAGGACCCCGACUGCUGCGGCGGCGCGGCAGCGGGGAGCCUCCUGGGCCACCUCUGGUUCUGGCGGCGGCUUAGCGCCCUGUGACGCUCUCGCGGCGGCGCCACUGGCGCGUGUCUGAGGCCUCGUCGUUGUCGUCGUCGCCGCCGUCGUUGUAAUUGCUCGAUUACGUCUCACGUUGGGUGUGUGCGGGCUUCGAGGGGAUUCGGACAGCUGGUAGCAUGGUAUUGCUCGCUGGUGCAUGGUUAUAUCCUCGUGAAGGAGGG